AUGAACGCACACGUCAACGACGACGCCGAUGACAACGACGAUGAUGUCUUCGAUACACUAGAUGACCUGUCUGAUCACUCACCAGAUGAGGCCAGUGAUUCCGACGACUCCGAUACUGGUGCUGGGCCGGGUGCUGCUGGGCGUUCGAACAACGCUGCCUCCUCGAUCCGGACCGAAGACCACCACCCGUGGGCCCAGCUCCUCGAAGACCUGCAGGGUCAACUCCGCAGCAUCACGCUCGAAGCCGAGACGAUCCUCUCCCGCCAGCCGCGAAGCACGCAGCUCGCCCUGGCGGCCGGGACCAAGAGUCUCUUCGGCGAGUACAAGCAGUAUGGCUCCAUGACUCGACUCAAGGUCGGGGUUGAGAAGUUCUUGAGGUCAGGGGAUGAGAAAGGGAGGAUCUGCUUUGAAGAAGAGAAGGAGGAGGAAGAAGAAGACAGGAUGACCGAGGAUGGGCAACAAUCUCAAUUUCAACCUCCGUUUCCUUCUCACACCAAAAGAAGACCGGCUCAUUACGGCGAGGCCUUCAUACUCCACGACACCGCCGACGACGACAAGCCCAAGUUUGAUGAGAAGGUCGAUUUUCCCAGCACCACUCGCCUCAGGGAUGCUUCUUCCAACCGCGACGACCCGGCGGACGCACCGCAGCAGCACAAGUCCUUCCACCCGCUCCGCACGGUCGAUCCGGAUUCUGUGCCGUACGUGACGACGCUGCCGUGGGAUCCCAUCGCGACCAAGAUCAGCUGGGCGAACCACGCGUGCUGGCCCAAGGGGCUAUUGGGAAACCUGAACAAGAUUUUCAGUAUUGCCGACGCUGAGGCCCGCGAACGCCUCUUCCACCACGUCUCCAAAUAUGGGCCCGCGCCGAUUUUUCGGGUUGGCCUCGCGCAGUCUCUGAAGAGUGAGUUCGCGACCAUCUUCGAGCCCGCGCAGAACCACUACCUGGGCCUCACGCCCGAGACGCGCGAGUUCCUGCGCGGCGUCUACACUCGCGGCCGCGGUGGCGGUGGCCACAAGCACCUCAACCUCGCCGAGCGCCGCAUCCUGGCCUCCACCUGCCGCGUUGCAGAGGACUCGGUCCAGAUGUUCUGGGAGGACAUGGCCGAGGCGCUGAAGAGUUACGAGGCAAUGCGCAUCUUCAUGGCCGCCAGGGAGGUCGAGCGGAACGACGAGGACAAGCGCGCGCAGAUGGAAAAGCGCAGGGCAGAGGUCAUGAGGGCCCAUGUCGAGCGCUUCAAUAGGGAGUUUCGCUCCGGCGCGAGCAACGAUGUGAGUGCGCGUGGGACUGCGUACUUUACACAUGCGACUGCGAAUCCGAAUCCGAACUUGAGCCACAACGCGAGUGCAAGUGCACAGGGAGCGAAAGACAGAUGCACUGCACCUUCCUCAGGGCGCUGA